AUGGCAAGUGAUUUGCAUGUAGUAUUGUUUCCAUUUUCGGCCUUUGGUCACAUGUUGGCAUAUUUCCACUUAUCCAAAGCUUUAGCCAAAGCUGGAGUUCAUGUCUCCUUUGUAUCAACUCCUAGGAACAUUAAGAGACUGCCUACAGUACCACCAAGCUUGGCACCUCUGAUUAACUUAGUGAAGCUUCCCUGGCCAACUUUGGAUGUUAAGUACGGCUUACCAGAAGGAGCGGAGGCCACGUCGGAUCUUCCUACGGAGAAAAUUCCAUACUUGAAGAUUGGCUAUGAUCUCUUGAAACAACCCUUCAAGCAGUUUAUCGCUGAGAAAUCACCCAAUUGGAUAAUCAGUGAUUUUUGUUCUCACUGGGUUUCUGAUAUUGCAAAAGAAUAUGGUGUCCAAGUGAUGUACUUUUCAAUUCUCUCAGGAACCUUGGGAGCUUUCAUGGGACCUCCAGAAUAUCUUGUUGGUGGUAUCCAGAACAGGCCCAGGAGAUCCCCGGAAAGUCUAACUUCACCGCCAGAGUGGAUAACUUUCCCAUCUUCUGUAGCGCUUCGAAGCUACGAGGCACGCGAGACGUUCAAUGUUAUGAUUAAAGAACAUCCUUCAGGCAUAAGAGAUGCCGAACGAUUUGCAAAGACCAUCAGUGGCUGUCGAGCUAUAGCCGUCCGAGGGUGUGGCGGGCAUACCUUUUCGACUGCCCAAAUGGAUUCAAAACUUUGA